AAAUUUAGAGAUAAAUAUUUAAACUUAUAUGCAAUUUAACGAUUUAUGUACUAUGUUGAAUACGCUGUUACGUCAAGAAAUCAAUAGAAACAGCAAGACUUGUUGGGUUGGUGCAGUGGUUAGGACACACAAAUAGACUGACACACGCCCCCCAUCGAUAUUUGAACAACUGCAAACCUAUGAAUAAACGAGAACAUUUGCAAAUAGGAGAAGAAAUUGUGAUGCCCUGAUGGAUAAAGGUGCAGUUUCCAUUCUAUGACUGGAGGUGUCAGCUGGUGUCCAAAGACAGUGAGCGUUGACUGACUAACCCCUCUCUGCAGAGACACUCUGGAUGCUGCUGCUCAUCAUCUCGUGCGUUUUCAAACAAGUUUUGCCUAGGGCUAUUCUUUCGUUUUUACUUGUCUUUAUUCAUUCAUACAGCAGUGUGUACGUUGAAAAUUGUGUAUAAGUAGGCUAGAAAAUGUGAGGCAGUGCUAAAGGUGGGACCUGCACUGCGAGACUUAGUUAUUAGUUAUUAGCUGCUUUGUUUGUUGUCUGCAUGAGGUAGAUGUAGAAACAGCAUUUCUUUCGCAAUUUUCACCAUGGAUAUCUCUGAAGACUCUGAAAACUCAUCUCUGCUUUUCUUUAACUCGUCGGAACAUACACAAGUGACCAUGGGAGUCCAGUAUGGAAAUGCCAUCUUUCCCAGUAUUUUUGGAACCAUAUGUAUUUUGGGCAUCACUGGAAAUUCUAUUGUAAUCUACACCAUCUUUAAAAAGACCAAAUGCCAGGCUAAACAAACGGUACCAGACAUUUUUAUAUUCAAUCUCUCUAUUGUGGAUUUGCUUUUCCUCCUCGGCAUGCCCUUUCUCAUCCAUCAGCUCCUGGGAAACGGAUCUUGGUGUUUCGGAGCCACCAUGUGCAAAGUCAUCUCUGCUUUAGAUUCUAACAGCCAGACAGUGAGCACCUACAUCCUUACAGUUAUGACCUUGGACCGUUAUGUGGCUACCGUCCACCCAUUCCGCUUUAAUCAUGUCCGGACGACCUGUGUCGCCAGCACUGUGGUGGGGAUGGUGUGGGCACUCUCUCUGAUCUCCAUCACCCCUGUCUUAAUGUACACUGGCUUGAUGCCUCUCCACAGUGGCCAAGUGGGAUGUGCUCUCCUGCUACCGAAUCCAUCCACCAGUAUCUGCUGGUUCACCAUCUAUCAGUUUGUGCUGGCGUUUGCCCUUCCGUUAAUGAUUAUCUGUGUGGUGUUCUUUAAAAUCUUAAAGCAUAUGUCUACCACAGUGGCACCUCUUCCCCCGAGAAACCAACAAGUGCGCACCAAAAGUGUGACUCGGAUGGCUGUGGCCAUCUGUUUGGCAUUUUUCAUCUGUUGGGCUCCGUACUACAUCCUUCAACUUGUCCAUCUGGGAAUACAGAAACCCAGUGCCUCGUUUUAUUAUGUCUAUCAUUUUGCCAUUAGCAUGGGCUACGCUAACAGCUGCAUUAACCCUUUUCUCUAUAUUAUUCUAAGUAAGACCUUUAAGCGGCAGUUUAUAGUCGCUAUCCAGCCUGCCCACAACCACUUUCGGGUCAACCCGAGCACCACAGAGGCCACUGUGUCCCUCCGUCUGGCUGCAGACUGCCAAAGACAUAUUCCUGCUGAUACCUCAGAGUAAUUACAGAUGAUUAACGGCUUGAGUGAUAGGAUUUAUUUGUUUUCUUGGUCCAGAUGGAACAUACUUUUAAUAUAUAUGUAGGCUUAUGACAAGCAAGGGUAUGCACUGCAGAGCUCAAUAGAAUGACUGACAGUCUGGUUGAACAGUCAGGAUGAAGUGAAGAAUCUUUGAGCAGCUGUGCAACUACAUGCUGACGAAUAACAAUGUCCAUCACAGGCAGAACACAAAACACAGCAGCUGCUUGUCAUUAAAACAAUAUGCUGUUUCAUUAUAUACAUAAAAUGUUAAUUAAAGUUAAAGAAAAGCUAGAAAGUAUAAACAUUGUGAUGGAACAAUAGAUCAUGUUAUCUCUGUGCACUGUGUGUGUGUUUGCAUUAUGUAUUUAUUCAUCAUGCCUAAGUCAUGAACAUGUUUACAGUAAAUGUGUAAUAGUGUAACUGUAUCAUUUUAUUUGAUUCACUGAAAUGUUAAAGGGUUAGUUCACCCAAAAAUGCAAAUAAUGUCAUUUAUUACUCACCCUCAUGCUGUUCCACACCCGUAAGA